AUGGGGAAACACUUUUAUGAUCCAAAAAUUAAGUCAGUAAUAUUUGUUGAUGCACCAACAAGUGAAGGUAAUAUGGUAAUUGAAAAUGGAGAUUUUUUAAGUAAGAAGGUCAAAAAAAGGAAUGAUGAGAGUCCUAAAGUAGUUGAAGAACGGGUGCAAGAGAGUGUGUUUAUCUAUGGAGAGAAAGAGAAAGAGAGAUUUAAUCAAAUUUUGAAGUAUUAUGAAGGAACUCAUAAUUUUCAUAAUUUCACGAGGAGGAAAAAAGAUGGUGACCCUGUUGCAAAGAGAUAUAUCCUUUCAUUUAAUGCAAAUAUAAUAGUUAAUGUUCAAGGCAUUGAAUUUAUGAAGUGUGAGGUUACUGGUCAGAACUUUAUGCUUCAUACAAUCCAUAAAAUGAUUGGUCUUGCUGAAUCUAUCAUGAGAAAUUAUGCUCCUGAAUCAUUAAUUAUAACUGCCUUCCAAAGGGAUGUCAACAUCAAGUUUCCCAUGGCUCCUGAGGUUGGAUUAUAUUUGGACGAAUGCUUUUUCACCUCGUAUAACAGUAAGUGGAAGGAUACUCAGGAAGAAGUUUCUCUGACAGCUUAUUUAGAGAUGGCGGAAGAAUUCAAAAUGAAGCAUAUCUAUAGUCAUAUUGCAAUAAUGGAGCACAAGGAAGGGACAAUGGGUGUAUGGCUGCAUUACCUGAACCAUCAAAAUUAUCCUGAUCUGCGCGUCGUGGAUCUUGUUAAACCUGCUGAUGAUGGUUUAGAAGUUGUUGAAACUGCUAUUGAUGUUGGUUUAGGUGUUUUCAACAAUUGUGAGAGAACCAAUAAUGUCAAUUCUACUGGUGCUAGUGAUGGUCCAGACAUAACUAAAACUAUUAUGGAGGCUGGUUUAAGUGCUGCUAACAAUGGUGAGCGUAUUGAUAAUAUUGAUUCUGCUGGUGCUAUUUUAGAAGUUACUGAAACUAUUGUUCAGGCUGAUUUAGGCUCCAUCAACAAUGGUGAGAGCACUAAUAAUGUUAGCUCAACUGGUGUAAGUGAUGUUUCAUAG